AUGGAUGAUGACGGAUUAAACAUGAAAAACUGGGGGUAUUAUGAGCCUUCUAUUAAAGGGAAUCUUGGUCUGCAGCUCAUGUCAUCCAUGGUAGACCGAGAACCCAAACCUUUUAUAUCUGGUCGGGACGGCGUCAUGGCAGCUGCCAACGGGAUGUUUCAAUCCCGGGAUUAUUUGGUUUCUGGACCUCCCGAUCACAUGGAUAUGGUGAGAGACAAUUGGAUAAACCACAGAGACAGGUUUCAUUAUAUGUUUCCCGGACAUGUAUACAACAGCAAUGUGCUUGCGGAGCCUUCUGGAUCCCAUCAAAUGCAGAUGCUCCAACAGCCUGAUCCUUCUAAGGAUACUAGGGUGAAAGUGGAGGAUGUGGGUGUUAGAAAGGAAGCUGGUACUGGAAAAAAAAGACCCGCCGUUACUGUCCCCAAAACCCCGAAAUCAAAGAAACCAAAGAAAGGCCCUGCUGCCUCAAAGGAAAAUGGGAAUUCAUCUGGUCAGCGUACCAAAGCACCAAAGAAAAACAUGGAAUUUGAGAUAAAUGGAAUUGACAUUUCCGGCAUUCCUAUACCAGUUUGCUCUUGUACUGGUACUCCUCAGCAAUGCUACAGGUGGGGAUGUGGUGGUUGGCAAUCAGCUUGUUGCACCACUACUAUAUCGAUGUAUCCCUUGCCUAUGAGUACUAAAAGACGUGGUGCUAGAAUUGCUGGAAGGAAAAUGAGCCAGGGGGCUUUCAAGAAGGUUUUGGAGAAACUCGUUUCUGAAGGGUAUAAUUUUGCUAAUGCAAUUGAUCUCAGGAGUCACUGGGCCAAACAUGGUACCAACAAGUUUGUGAUAAUAAGGUAG